AUGCCGCAUUGCAAGAAUGAUGCAGUGGAUCAGGCCCACUGUGGAUGUAUCAUCUUCCUAGAGAAGUACUCCGUGUUUCCGUACAGGCCCCUGAGGUCUCAUGUCACGCUGGCCGACUCCGACGCCCAGUCCACAUGUCUCGCCCUGGCUCGCCCGGGUGGCUCGUCCAGUCUCGAACACCAACAACAACAACAACAACAACAACAACGCCAACAACUAGCUAUGUCGACUGCAGGUGCCAGCAGUAGCAGCAGUAGCAGCUACUGGGGCAUGCUGAUCAAUCCCGAUAAGAGUCCCUCGCUGCUGCUCGAGCAGUUGUGUCGCGGUAUUGCCCAACUCAUGACCACCUUCGAUGCCUACGAGACCUUCGAUCUGCCCCCGGAGCGACUGGCGACCUUCUACCGCAAGGUGGGCGGCAAUUAUGACACCCUGUUCCUGGACACCAAGGGGCCCGCCCUCUCCUUCAUCUACCAGUCGCUGGGCUGCUUCCACAGCCUGCAGCCCACCGACAACGCUUUUGAGCCCCCCUCGCGGCCCGCUCUGCUGCCCUGCGGCUUCGUACGCUGGCAGACCAUCCAGCUGCUGCUGGAUCCGGACGAGCAUUGGGAAUACCUGCAGCAUGCCGUCGCCCAGUGGGAUAUCCCCCGCCCGGACGGCGGCUGUUUCCCCAAGUCCAUCCCCCGUACCGCAUUCCCCUCGGAACCAGACCCUGACAUGGUUGCCUGGCACCACAAUGUCUCCCAGCGCCUUGAAUAUGACUACUGGAAGCGAAACACACCCCACCCUUCACCACACCAUACACCACCGGCCCCUGAAGAGCCGCCAAUAACAGCAGCAACAGCGGCGGCGGCGGCGGCGGCGGCAGCAGCAGCAGCAUCGUCAUCAUCCCAUUUCUACUACCAAACGUCCACCAGUGCCCCGCAGCCGGAAACUCCCGAUUACUUCACGACGGACCACCACCACCACCACCACCAGCAACAACAACAACAACAACAACAACAACAACAACAACAACAACAACAACAACAACAACAACAACAACACCAUAACCAUCACCCUCAUGCUCACCAACCCGCUUCAGGGCCGCGCCGAAGUAAUCCAGAUAUCAGGACGGAACGUGCAACCUCAAGGUCGAGGCGCCAUCGACGGUAUAGUUCCGAUUACCCAGAUUCUCCGCCGCAGCGGGCCGCCAAGGAGGAGGAGAUCGAGGAAGAACAGGAUGACGACCUGUCGAUUGGUCUUAAGGAAAGGGUCAAGACAGGCUUUGUAGAGCCCAGAGCACCUACCCCUCCUGCUCCUGCUUGGACGGAGAGCUCGUCCAAGUCGCGAGGCCGAGAACGGUCAUCAUCGACCGUCCGACACUCCCAGAGCAGACAACCACCACAGCAGCCGCGGCAACAGCAAAACCACUACCACCACCACCACCACCAACAAAACCAAUCACACCAACGAUAUCAUGCGUCCCUUCCACCCUCCGACGCUUCUUCAGAGGAUUCGGAACCCCAUUCUCAGGAAGAUCCGGUAUUUGAGGAACGGUACCGGCGGCAUCAUAACCUCUCACUGCCCCGAGACACCCACGCUCGGCGUCAUUCGCAUGAUGCAGCGUACAGCCGCAAACUGCAGCGAGACAGCUCUCCGUCAUCCACGCAGCGCCGUCCCCACCGAUCUGAUCCCGCACAUAGCUCGAGAUCGGGGAGAUGGCGCGAUCAGCCUGAUGUCCCCCCCCCGCCGCCCUCGUCUCACCGAACUGCUGCUCCUUCUGUGAGCAGCCAUACAGCCCCCCCCAAGGUGUACAGUGAAGACCUGCCUCCGUUGAAGAGCUCAAACUCACGCUUCUCGGGCAUCCAUUUCCGGGAUUACAUCUUUGAGGAUCCCUCCGCGGAACCAGCGCUGCAUUCGCACGCCUACGCUCGGUACGUCAGCCCCAAACGGGCAGAGGGGUACGUGUCUUCUCGCCCGCGAUCGAGCCAAAUCGACCCGACCUUGGCCGCCGCCGACGACGUCCGCCGCAACAGUUACAAGAAUGGGUCUAGUACGGUGGGCAACCGGUCUGGUAGCGGGGGAAGCGGUUCGGAGCGAACACGAUCGUACAGCACCGCCGGCUUGAGCAGUUCCGCUGCUGCUGCUGUUGCUGCUGCUGCUGCUGCUGCUCGUCCCCAGCGAUGGGACAGCCCUGCGCGCAGUUCCGCAGCCAAACGCUACACGCCCGGCGUGGCCCCAGUGGAGGAUUACGAGUAUUCCACUUCUACUCGUUCGAGGCGAUCCGCCAAAUACGACCGAUGA